AGAUGUUGCUGAAAGAUGCGGAUGAGAGAGAGAACUUCUUUCAGGUUUCCCGUCGAGUUUGGUGCAGACUAUGACGGCGCUCUACGUCUGCUCCUGUGGGUCUUUCUCACCAGACUGGAGAGCCUCUUACCUGCCCCGGAUUUACUCCAGACUACAUCCUGGCUGGGCUCAGAGGCGUCGGUGGCAGAGGACUGCGCACAGUGUGUCCAUCACUCCGAGCAUCUCAGGUCUCUACUCAAGCAUCACAAGUGCCUGGGACAUUUUGACACUCAGGCUCCAGUCUUGUCUACAGGCGACUGUAUCUUCUCCUUUCUCUGCGGUAAAAGUGAGAGUAAUGGUGAACACACUAAAAGUGAUGGCCGUUCAACCCAAACACAGGACCCUGUUGGUUUGCUAAACUCUGCCUGCACAGUGGAGAACACCGGAGAGGAAGCAGUGGUGGUUUCAGAGUGUGCAGAAAUAGAACUAGCAACAUGUCAGGACAGAGAGGAGACCGUCUACGCAGGAGCGUCUGAAAACAGCGUGUUGAGUGGUGAAAGAAGCAUCAUGGUAGAAGAAGUUGGGACUGAGCAAAAGGACGAGAGGUCGGGGAGAAAUGGAGAAGAAACAGCAGUGAAGCUUCAGAACGACAGCAGAUGGACUGAUGAGGUGGAGGGAGAAACAUUAAACAUGUUUCAGAGCAAGAUGGGACUCAAUUCCAUGGACUCAGCAAAUUCUAAUGUUAAUCAAAAAAUCUUUGGGGUGCUCUGUCCUGAGGAAAGGGCUCGCAAUCCAGAAGGAGAAACUCCAGGAUCUUUACCAGAAUGCCACACCAGACACCACACGGUCUCUCCUGUCCCCCAGGGAAUGCGGCGGUCUGAACGGACACCGAAGAAGACCUGGAAGAUAAGGCUGGUGAAUCUCCAGAAGCAGAAAAGAAAAGCUGUUACCCCAAAGAGAGUCUUAGGAGAAAAGUCAGCUAAGCCUGUGGAACCAAAUCUCAUAACACAAAAUGACAGGGACAGCACAGACGACUCAGUGGAAUCUCUCAGUGUCCUGUCAAACGACCGUAACACAGGAGGAGACGGGAGAGAGGGAGCGCUGAAACCUCCUCCUCUAAUUGGUCCCACAUUGCCCCACGCUUGCCUGGAGUGCAGAAAGAGCUACCGCUUUGCCUCCUUGCUAAAGGCUCACCAGCGCACCCACACCGGGGAGCGGCCUUUCCAGUGUCCGCAGUGCAAAAAGAGCUUCGCACACUCUCAGGCGCUUGCCAGACACCAACAUACGCACGCCUCUCACCGCAAGUUUGACUGCCUCUACUGCGGAGAGAGCUUCGGCACGCUAGGCGCGAGGGCCGCGCACCACAAGACGCACCCGGAAGGGAAAGAGCAGCAAUGUGGGGAAUGCGGCAAACGCUACAGCUGUCAGUCGGCCCUGCUCCGUCACCAGCUGGUCCACACAGAGGAGCGACCGUAUAAAUGCACGGAAUGUGAAUGGACCUUCACCUGCGUGUCCAACCUCAACCGACACCUCCUCACACACAAGCCGGAUAGACCGUACCGUUGCACUUGCGGGAAAGCCUACACCUACAGGGGGGCCCUGCUGGCGCACCAGCGCACCCACUCUCAGGAGAGGCCUUUCCGCUGCUCGCAGUGUGGGAAGGGCUUCCUCUAUCCCGGGACACUGUCGCAGCACGAGAAAACCCACUCCGACGAGAAACCGUACCUUUGCUCCCACUGUGGCAAGAGCUUCAAGAGAGAGAGGACACUCCUGAAACACCUAUCAGGACACACCAAAGAGAAGAUCUUCAGCUGCACUAAGUGUGACAAAACGUUCACGUACAAGGCCAGUUUGACGCGGCACGAGCUCACCCACACGGGGGAGAGGCCGUUCCUCUGCUCCGACUGCGGCAAAAGCUUCUUCUCUUUCGCCGAGCUUCUGAAGCACCAGCGCUUUCACACGGGCCACAAACCAUUCCAGUGCCAGCAUUGUGACAAGAGCUUCACGCAGGCCUGCUAUCUGCAACUGCACCUGCGAUACCACACGGGCGUGCGACCCUACACGUGCCCGCAGUGCGGGAAGAGUUUCUUCAGUUCCACACGACUGAAGAGACACAAGCAGAUUCACACCGGGGAGAGACCAUACCAGUGCACUGAGUGUGGAAAGGCAUUCAGACAGUCUUACCAUCUGAAAACACACCAACAGACGCAUUUAGGAAAGAGAAACUAACACCUGAGAGAACAACGAGGCUGCUUAGAUUGAUGUUUACCAUGGUAAACACACACAUUUAUCUGCAGUUAUCAGUGAUAGAGUCGAAGAUAAGCUAAAUCAUGCGUUGGCUCGAUUCUUUGAACCACUAAACGGACUCUGAUCAAGCCAACAGUAGUGAUCAAAGCAUUCUCUGUGGAAAAGUGCAAGAAAUAAGGAUUUUUUCCCCCAUAAACAUGACCAAAACGUGGUGCUUUUUGGGGCUCACUCGUCUACAGACUUUAUGUGUUUGUUGAUUAUGUCCAACUUUUCUCUCAGAUAAACUGUGAAUUAACCCUGUCUUUUCAUUGCACUACUUCACAUAUCAUGAAAAAAUCGGUCAUAUGAAACCACGUGAACAAAAGUCACCUCUUUCGCUCAGAAUGUUUUUGGAAUUCUGUUUUCCGCUGCGUGCCUUAUUUGCGAAAUACAUUUUACAAACCUGAGAGCAAAAGCAUGUGAGAAUAAACACUGUCUGUAUACCAAGGUGGAUUGUAGUGGUUGCUUGCAUAGUGUACUGUUGACUUAAUUGUUCUUUGUGUUUUGUGCAAGUUAUCUCUGGCUGUGCUGGUUUUGAGUGGACACCAGU